UAGUGAAGAUAGCAAACUUGAGCAAAGCGCAUUCUGCAGUUUUCAGUCAGGACGUUGUGAGAUGAAGCGCAGGAGCUGCUGCAUCGCGACAGGAGUGGAGGCUGCAGCUUCGUUGACCUGAUAAAUCUUUGAAAGCUUGUGCUGGAAUUGUGUGGACUCAUACAAAGGAACAACUUUUAUUUCUUUGGGGAAUCUGUAUCUUCACAUUCCAUUCAAGAGGACUUCUGUGAGGUUUCACCAUGCAGCGAAAGGACGAACCCAGCUAGGGAACCAUAUAGCUCACCGCUGCUAGCUGUCAGCUGGACCAGCCAACAAGCGGCCUCUCGUUACGUUCACAUCAAGGGAUUUGGCAAGACCCAAGUAAGUAGCAGUAAAUAUCCCCACUAUGGAUUUCAGCAAAUCGGUCACCUUGUGGAUUUUCUGUCUAUGCCUGCUGGGCAAGAGUUUAAUGGAGAAGCAAGGUUCUGUUGAUGCUGAACAGCAGCGAAGUGACAGUAGUGUGUCAGAGCUCUGUCGCAUUGAUAAGCCUCUGUGCAAGGAUGUCAAUGCCAUCCUGAGCUACGAGGCUAUCUGCAGCAUCCACAAGCAGAUGGAUGACGAUGCCAACGGAAACGUCGACGUGCUGGAAACGGAUGGGUUCUUAAGAGAGGACCUGAACUACCAUGACCCUAAAGCCAAGCACAACAGUUUCCAUGGAGAUGACCAGUUCAUCAGUGUGGAAGACCUGUGGAAUGUGUGGAAAGGCUCGGAAGUGUUCAACUGGACAGUGGACGAGGUGGUGGAGUGGCUCAUCACCUAUGUGGAACUGCCGCAGUAUGAGGAGAGCUUUCGCAAAAUGAACUUCAAUGGCAGCGCCAUGCCCAGGUUAGCUGUGAAGAAUGCCACUCUGACGGUCACGGUCCUGAAGAUCUUGGACCGUAACCACGCGCAGAAGCUCCAGCUCAAGUCCUUGGACACGGUCCUUUUCGGACCUCCACUGAUGAACAGACAUAACCAUCUGAAGGACUUCAUGCUGGUAGUGUCCAUAGUCAUAGGCAUGGGUGGCUGCUGGUUUGCCUUCAUCCAGAACCGCUACUCCAAGGACCACAUGAAGAAGAUGAUGAAGGACCUGGAGGGCCUGCAGAGGGCCGAGCAGAGCUUGCAUGACCUGCAGCAGAAGCUCCAGAUAGCCCAGGAGGAGCACCACACAGUGGAGGUGGAAAAGGUGACCCUGGAGCAGAAGUUGCGGGAUGAGAUCAACAGUGCCAAGCAGGAGGCCCAGCGGCUACGGGAGCUGCGCGAGGGCACCGUGAGCGAGCUAACCCGCCAGAAAUACGCCGAGGAGGAACUGGAGCAGGUGCGCAUGGCUCUGAAGAAGGCGGAGAAGGAGCUGGAGUCGCGCAGCAGCUGGGCUCCCCCAGAUUCCCUGCAGAAGUGGCUGCAGCUCACGCACGAGGUGGAGGUGCAGUACUACAACAUCAAGAAACAGAAUGCAGAGCGGCAGCUGCUGGUGGCCAAAGAAGGGGCUGAGAAAAUUAAGAAAAAGAGGAACACCCUCUUUGGGACCUUUCAUGUGGCACACAGCUCUUCACUGGAUGAUGUGGAUCACAAGAUCCUCUCAGCCAAGCAAGCACUGGGCGAGGUGACGGCCGCCCUUCGCGAGCGCCUGCAUCGGUGGCAGCAGAUCGAGAUUCUGACGGGCUUCACGAUCGUCAACAACCCCGGCCUGCCCUCACUGGCCUCGACCCUCAACCUGGACCCCAGUUUCAUGGGCGGCCGGGCCACGCCCCAGCCUUUCCUCCUGUCGGACGACAUGGACGACAUGGACGACGAGUUCGUCACGCCAGGCACCCUCCAAUAUGCCACCAUGCUCAUGGAACGGCGAGCAAGUGACCUGUGGUCCCUCAACUCGGACAGCCAAUCCCUGUGGAAAUACUCGGCUCCCAGUAUGAUGUCCCUGCGCCAACGCCACAUCGACCCGCAGCUGGCCAUGGGCUCCCAGAGGUUGGUAGAGGGCUGCCCUCUGGCGGCGGGGGGGACACAGGGGGAGGCCAGCGGCGGCCUGCACCCCCAGUCCCACCAAUCCCACACUGGGGUCUCUCUCCUGCAGUGCCGCAGCCGCUCCUUCGAGCACCCCUCCAUUAUCUGCACCUCCUCUUCCUCAUCCUCCCUCGCUGCUGCUCCUCCUCCUCCUCUUCCUCUCUCCUUCUCCUCUCUAGCAGCCUCGUCCAGCCAUCUUCAUUCCUCCCACUGUCACUCGUCUUAUUUCCAGCCCAUGGACACCUUUGCCGACUUCCCCAAUGACAACAUCCCCCAUAUGCGCUCACGCCUCUCCGGCAGUCAUGGGGACCUGAACCGCUCGGACUCGGACUCGUCCCUCUGCAUCUCUCAGGUGGGCGAGCAGUUGCGUCUAACCACCUCCUACGGUGGCUCCAAGGGCCUCAUGAUGAAGCCCAUCUCCCUGAUGCACGGCGCCGGGGCUCGUGGUGUGGACGAGGCCGGCCCCAUGCACACCGCCUACACCCCCAACGGCGGCAGCCGCGUGCCAGACGCCUCCCCCGAGGCCGUCUCAGACAGCCCCAUUCUCAUGAAGAAGACCUACAGCAUCGAAAAGUCGGCCAGCCUCGGCGAGAUCAACAACAGCAGCAGCAGCAGCGCCGUUGCCGCCCAGGCCGCCCAGCUCUCCAUGUCCGAGUCUUCACGCUCGCUGAGCCCGAACUCCACCGACCCGGACACACCGUCCCCCACCGGGCUGCCCGGGGCGGCCGGGACCAAAGUCAGCAGCCGGAUCCCCCACCUGUCCUCCAAGAAGAGCCCCCUGGAGGAUGACAGUGGCUCCACGGGCGAUGACACUGACUCGGUCACCAGCAGAAAGAAACACACCUUCAAGAUCUUUAAGAAGCAGAAGAAGUAAACAGAUGAAAAUAAUAUAAAUAUAAAAAAAGAACAGGGACUGUGGACUGCUUUAUAGCUGUCAAAGGUUUUUUUUGUUUGUUCUUUAUUUUGUUGUUGAUGGUAAAAAUUAUUUUCUGUUCUUGAAGCAGAUGUCCAAAUAUAUGUACUCCAGAUAUUUUUUUCUUUAUUUCACUGGUUACAAACGAUGGCACAAACUGUUGCCUUUUGAAAGUUUUGUAAGGUACUUUUUUCUUAGGAACUUUGGGAGCAACCAGCAAGUCAUUGAUGUCAUUGUAUUGUUUUUUUUUUUUGAUUAAUGACAAAAUAUUUCCUCUCUUGGGUUGGGGUUGUAUAUGAUAAUGCAAAGCACUAUUUAUUCUGCAGGAGACAGUGCCAGUCUUUCAAAGGGAUGUAUCCCUUUUCAGACAUAAUACUUGUUGUUAUCUCGUUAUCAUUUUGCAUGUCUGUAGCUUUGAUUGAUUGAAAAUCUUGAAUGUUCUUAGGUGUUUGCUUGGUUCAUAUCAUUCGCACAGAAGCGAAAUAUUUGAGUUCUCAUCGUCACCGCUCCCCUUUGCUACCCUUCGUUACACCUUCCUGGCAGUAGAUAAAGAACUCUGAGCUAACACCUGACUUUGCUAGGAAGGUAGAAAAGGGCUGAACUAUAAUGUGUGUCUGUAUGUACACGUGAUAACCUUCCUAAAUAUCUUGGGCUAAUGUUGAAUUGUUAGUAUUCUGCCCUGUAGGCAAAAAUCUAGUGACAAAAAAAACAAAAAAAACAAAACAAAGCAAAAAAACACGUCAAGUCCCAGUCAUGGACAAGGGGAUUGUCGUCGGAAUACAUUUUUAAAGUGAUCUUUUUUUUCUUUUUUUUUACUGUUGAGACCAAAUCACUCAGACAAAAAAGGUAUCAAGCCCUGUUAAUUAAUAUGCAGAACGAUAAAAAGAAUGUAUUUUAAAAAGGUGUUAGUAGACUUUUUUUUCCCUUUCAUUUAAUGCUCUCUUAUCACUAUAUAGUGGACUCCUGGGGCCAUACUCUGACUUUGGAUGCAUGCAGGAAAUGUCAGCAUGCACAAACAGAGCAUCUUGGUCAGCAGUAGCUAGGCACUGUAAGAGUAAGUUAUUUAAGUCAAAUAAUGAAAAACUUCCCUAUAGGUCCAUGUCAUAAUCACUGGUCUUAUCUGUUAAGCGCUUGUGUAUAUCCUAGUGAGCUGUUUUCUGUUCUUGAAUCAUAUUUAGAUAUUUGCCCAGAAAAAAAUGUGGCUGGAAGUGCCAAACCAAAGACAUAUGGACAUGGGAAAUAUGUGCCGAUUUUUUUCUAGUAUCAGUCUGAGUGCAGAGGUGUCCGAAGUAUUUGACAUUCGGUAAUGAGGCUUUUAAGAACAUAUUGUAAUUUCAUAUCUUUUCCAGAAUAAUUUCACCAUUUUGUAUAUUAUUAUGUGGUAGUAAAAGGUGCCUCCGGCACACCAGAUAUCGUGCGCCACACCUCACUCAGAUCCUCCGGUGCUGACCCCCCAAGCACACUACUCUGAAAAAUGUUUACAUGGUAACAGUUUUUAACU